UUUCGCGCGGGAAAUCGCUGAAAGAAAACCUAACCUCAUUUCAUUGCGAAACUGUAGUGCUUUCCAGCGAUGUUGCGGAUUUUCGUAGUGUUUUUGUUUAUUUUUUCCGUGUGUUACGCGAAUCCUGAUGCCAAAAGGCUGUACGACGAUUUAUUGAGCAACUACAAUAGACUGAUCCGGCCGGUUGAUAAAAACAAUAACACUGUGCUCGUCAAACUGGGUCUGAGGCUCUCCCAACUGAUUGAUUUGAAUCUAAAGGACCAGAUUUUGACUACGAACGUAUGGCUUGAGCAUGAAUGGGAAGACCACAAGUUCAAAUGGGACCCGUUGGAGUAUGGAGGGGUCAAGGAGUUGUAUGUGCCAUCUGAACACAUCUGGCUACCUGAUAUAGUGCUGUACAACAAUGCCGACGGAGAGUACGUGGUGACGACCAUGACGAAAGCGGUGCUCCACCACACAGGAAAAGUUCUGUGGACCCCGCCAGCCAUCUUCAAGUCCUCGUGUGAGAUCGACGUCAGAUACUUUCCGUUUGACCAACAGACCUGCUUCUUGAAGUUCGGCUCGUGGAGCUACGACGGUGAUCAGAUCGACUUGAAGCACAUCAACCAGAAGAAAGGCGACAUGGUGGACGUGGGCAUAGACCUGCGGGAGUACUAUCCCUCCGUGGAGUGGGACAUCCUCGGGGUACCCGCUGAGAGACAUGAGAGGUACUACCCUUGCUGCCAGGAGCCUUAUCCAGAUAUUUUCUUCAACAUCACGCUGCGAAGAAAAACCUUGUUCUACACAGUAAACCUGAUUGUGCCUUGCGUAGGCAUCUCGUACUUAUCAGUGCUAGUUUUCUACUUACCAGCCGACUCUGGGGAGAAAAUCGCUCUAAGCAUUUCAAUUCUCUUAUCACAAACCAUGUUCUUCUUACUGAUAUCAGAAAUUAUACCUUCGACUUCGCUGGCCUUACCAUUGUUAGGGAAGUAUCUGCUAUUCACUAUGUUAUUGGUCGGACUGUCUGUGGUGAUAACUAUAAUAAUACUAAACGUGCAUUACCGCAAGCCUAGCACUCAUAAGAUGGCGCCGUGGGUCAGAAAGUUCUUUAUAACUAAACUCCCGAAGUUACUCCUCAUGAGGGUUCCUAAAGACUUGCUAAGAGACCUGGCAGCACAGAAGAUAGCUGGUAGGAGUAUGAAGAAGAACAAGUUCAAAGAUGCUUUGGCAGCAGCUGAGCAGACCAACUCGAACGCUUCCAGCCCGGAUUCCUUGCGUCAUCACCUGCCUGGUGGGUGUAACGGACUGCACUCUACCACUGCUACAAAUAGAUUCAGCGGCCUGGUCGGAGCGCUCGGCAGCCUCGGUGCAGGCUACAAUGGUCUACCUUCUGUUAUGUCUGGCCUCGACGACUCCUUGAGUGACGUGGCUCCCCGCAAGAAGUACCCCUUCGAACUGGAGAAGGCCAUCCACAACGUCAUGUUUAUCCAGCACCAUAUGCAACGCCAGGACGAGUUCAAUGCGGAGGACCAAGACUGGGGCUUUGUGGCCAUGGUGCUCGACCGCUUAUUCCUCUGGAUCUUCACCAUCGCCUCCAUCGUGGGAACCUUCGCCAUCCUCUGUGAAGCGCCAUCUCUGUACGACGACACCAAACCCAUCGACAUGAUACUCUCUUCUGUGGCCCAGCAGCAGUUUUUGCCUGUGGACAGCGGGGAUCCAAACCAAAUAAACCAAAUUUAAAGUGUGACGUCAUUACCAGCCCCCAAAGAUUUCCAGAUUCGAUUGUUAGUCUACAUUCAGUGUUUUCAAAAGCGUUGCAUAAUAUGGUUCGAAAAGUCCUCAUAA